CCCAGGUGAAAGACGAUUGCGUCCCGUGGUGCUUUUGUGACGGGCCCCGCUUAAUGCGCCGUGCCCAACAACAGCUGAUUGCGCCGUUUCAAUGGGAAUAUUAUUUUCAGAUAUUCUGAACUUUGAGCCGAGGCGCUUUAUUAUUGUUGUGUAGGGCCGAAAGAUGCAACAUUAUUCCCAGCUGUACCAUAUCGUUGAAUGGUGGUUAGUAUACUCUUGUGUGCUAUCUGAGACCAGGAGUCAAUCACACUGGAGAUUAGCCUCUGUCGGUUCGCACGCUGGGUAAACCUAAACUCUCAACCACUAACGAGGACAACUUUAUAGAUUUUUUUCACGCCAGGAGUUGACAACGAACGACAUAAUCACCUUUAAUUUGCUGGAACGACUGGUCGUGACGCAGUGCAUGCAGUGAUCUAUUUGCCAUUGCGCUGUAUAGAAACUUACAAGAGAAUAUUACUCCUGAGGAAUUUGUAUACCUGAACAGUCUUCCUUACAAAACAGCCAUGACGAACCAAGCUGGUCAAAAGGACGAGAGCUUCUUCAAGCAGCUGUGGGCCAAUUUCACAAAUAUCCUUCCGUUUUCAAGUGACAACGAUGUGCCAGACGAGGCAACAGGGCUGACGAAAGAACAGAAGGACCAGAUCAAGAAAUCAUGGGAUGUCGUCUGCACCAUCAAGACCAAGUUCGGAGUGGAACUGUUUGCAAAGUUUUUCGAAAGGCACCCAGCCGCUCAGCAGCACUUUGCCCAGCUCAAAGACAUGACGGACUUGGAGGUCCUCAAGAAGAGCUCCAAGAUGCGCGCCCACGGCUACCGGGUGGUGUCCGCCUUUUGCUCCCUGGUCGAGAACCUAGACACGCCUGAUAUCUUCAUUGAGCUCCUCACGAACACGGGCUACUCACACAGCCUCCGGACUGUGCCUCACCACUUCUUCGAGGACCUUGGACCGGUGUUUCUGGACGUGAUGACCGAACAACUUGGGGACAAGUUUACGCCAAAGGCCAAAGAGGCCUGGGGUUUGGCCUACACCUUCAUGUGCAAGGUCAUCUUGGGCGCCAUGGACGAAUGCGAGGGCCAGGGCGCGAAAUGAUGCCCACGCGAGAUCUCGUUUUUGAACAGACGUGAUUCAAGUCGUUAGUCUUUACGGGAAUUGGGUUUAUAGCACGACAGUAACAUGGAAUUGCAUGAGCUCCAUGAUGAAGGUGAUAAUACACAAAAUGUACCAGUUCUAAGCGCCGUUUUAUACCUCACCUGAUCACGAAUGCGACUAGAAAUUUUGACAUCACCAAGUGAGGCGUUCAUCUACAGAGGACAAAAUAUACUUUACCAUUACACUUUUCACAGCGGUUUGCCUCGCAUUCUUAAAUCGCGUUGAGCAGAAACCGGGCUUAAAACCUGUACAACUUAGACGAUAGAACUGGCAGGAAAGUACUUAAUUCAACCACUAGGACUUGAAUCACGUCCAGAUAUUCCCGGAUUAAUUCUUAUCAGUAAUUCUGUGGGCGCCCUACCCAUCACUAAUAUGCAAUUCGCAAACUUUGGGAUAUACUGGUUUCCCGUGGAAACGAAAUCAAGACUUAGGGCCUAUGAUAUAGCGAGACUUUUUGGUUUACUAGACUAGUAUGUUAACAUAUUCUACGGAAGCCUGACGGUACCACUGGGCAGGGUGAAUAUUUUAAGAUGGUAAGUAUAUGUGGCGGCAGCCAGACAGUAAUUGGGUGGCCGCCAGAUUUG